AUGGCAUCUGAAAAUAUGGUUCGCUGGCUCUUUGUAGGGCCUAGUGAUGCUUCUACUGCAUCCUACGUGGAUUCCAUUAACAGCGGGCGCCCAAUUUUGACGACUUCUGUGGAGGGGUCCAGUGUGCAAGUUACUUUAGAUCAAGUCUCUCUGAAUUCAGACACUUCUCUGGGAUUUUUGGCAGAGCGCUUAGAUACACACUUUACAGAUAUUAUCAUUGCCAUAUAUGAUUCAAGCCAGGAGCGGACAAGGCCCCUGCUGGAAAGUCUUUUGAGCCUUAAGAAUCUGCCCCAAUCUUGCUUCCUCUGCGACACCAAUGCUGAAGACGAGGACUGCAUGACAGUGGAGCAAAUAGCUGCUCCUUAUGUGUCUCCAGGAUACAGCUUUCAUUACAUACAUGUCUUUAGCAAGAGCUCUGAAAUCUUGAAGAGCUGCCUAUUAAGAGCGACUAAGUACUGUCUGCAGAGGCGCCAAAUUAUGCUGCUUAAUCUUCGGACCACUUAUUCAGAGACACCUGAGGACGUCCAGGCAAUUCCUACCGAGUCCAGCUCUCCUGCCGUCAGCCUUAGUCCCUCUGGUGCAGUAUCACAAGCUAAUCAGAAACUCUAUGCUAAGAGGGCCGGUACUCUAGACACUGUGCCCCUAGCGGUUCAACCGUCGCCAACUACAGAUCAAAGACCCCAAGAUCAGUCGCUAAGCAUAAAGGAUUCUUCUAAGUUCACUGUGAAGCUUCCAACUACACAUAUACAGGAAGGGUUGCAGCAUGCACAAGACAUGCCCAUUUCAUGUGAUUCAACAUCAAGCUUCAAUCCUGGAGAGAGAAAGCACGAGAACUCCAAUGUGCCAAAGGAGUUUGACCUCCCUGUUGAUUUGAGUGAUGGGACAGAGGUUCUCUUCCACGGGUUUAUUGGACAGGAUCCCGGAGAAGCUAUGCUCCAGUUUAUGCAGAAAAACAACGUGUCAUCGCGAGACUAUGUCAUGCUCUAUGAUAAGAUUAAGUGCUUAAUGAUCAAGAAUGGGUACUUGAGUGACGAAGACCCCGCCACUCCCAGUCCACAAGCAAAAGGAAACAUAGACACUGCCGAGAAAGGUAAGCUUAUUUUUUCCACAAACAUACUGUUUGGUUCCAAAAAGAUUAAGAUAGAUUUCUACGAAACAGACACGUCCGAGGAAGUCGCACGACGCACCGUGCAGUCUCUCGGCCUUGGCCAAAACUAUGAGGUAUUUCUGCGAAAGAAAAUAGAUGUAAUUUGUAAUUCUAUGAAGAAGUAA